GUCACACGAGCAGCCGGAGCCGUGACCCCCCUGCUCCCUCCAUAAUGCUAGGGGCUCACACCAACAGAUGUUCCGCCUCCUACACCGUCCAACAAAACUGCUUUUUUCCAAUUUAAAAAAAGCCUUCCACCUUAACGGCGGUGAGUCGUGUGAGUAUCCAAGACUAUCAAUGCGGCAAUGGUGCUUCUAGCGACGGGCGCUUACUCCAAACUGCUGGUUUUAAGUUGACGAAGGCUAGCUACCUGCUAGCUAACUUGAGCUAACUCAAGCGAAACAAACACCUGUGCUUCAUGGUUGGACGCUCGUUAGCUUUCUUCGUCUUCCCAGGACCAGAGGUGACCCGUGGGGCCCCCUGUCCCACCUCCUUCGUGGAGCACGCAGAUGGGGCUCAGCUGUUGUCGCCCUGAGAGUCCCUGUGGCAGUGUAGAGGAAAGAAGCAGUCUACUCAAAGAUGACGCCAAAGCCGCGGCGGCCACGGGGGACACAGCUGUGGUGGGAACUUGCGGCCCUCAAGGAGAUGAAGAUAUGAGGAAGACAACAGUCGACGCCAUACUAAAAGAGGGAGGCGGUGACGAUGGCGGCGUACAAGUGAAGCUGCUCCCUGACGUCGGCGGGCCGGAGCCGAUCUUCGCUCAGGAAAACGGGUCCUUGCAGAGGGAAGCUAUGCACACGUCUAGGCUUUGUCCAGACAAAGCUGAUGCACUCGCUGAAGACGCCACCAGAGAAGAAAAUAUGGCGCCUCAUGACAAAAGUGCAGCCUCCGAAGAUUCACCUGCAGGAGCUGUGGAGCAGCCUCCUGCCUCCAAUGAGGUAGAAAUGCAAGAUAGCGGUGCACAAAAAACAGAGGAAUACCAAAACUCUCCUUGUAAAAACACAUCAAUUUGUCACCAUGACGACGAUGGUGAUAAUGAUGAUGAUACCCGCGCCAUUGUGGCCAAUGGCUGCACCCUCGCUAUGGAGCUUUGCACAAAUGAGGAUGCUUUGUCCGACACUCAGGAGUCAACCGUCUCUACGGCGCAUCAAGAGAUCAAAACCGAGUCAACUUGUUUAGUGAGUGAGGAUCCGGAAGAUCAAAGCCCUGCAGCCCUCAUGGAGGGCCAGGAUGGAAAAGAUUUCAACGGUUCUGAUGCUUCAGAGUACAAGUCCAAAGAAGUGAACCACGUUGGCCAAGAGAGACGCCCUGCACUUUCUGCAGCUGCUGAGGAGCCUCUGACCACAGCGCUAGAAGAUGCCAGCCACAGUCAAGAAGAAGAAGAAGUCUCCUCAGAGAACAUCUCCCAGCAUGCUGUGGAUCAGCUGCAAGACGGGGAUUGUCCAAAACUCUCAGAGGAUGAGGAGAAAAUGAAGGCAGAAUACGUGCAGAAUGAUCAUGUGGAGGAUCAGACAAAUAUUGAGAUUGAGGAGGAAGAUGAAGAAGAUGAUCCAGAGGGGGUUGUAGAGCACGUCAGUAGGACUGAAGACGGUUUAAGGAGCAGUAAAGAAAAAGACUUGUACGGUGGAGCGGAUGAUCAGCCAGCAUCGCACAAUAACAACACGCUCUCAGCACCACUCUUAGAAUGCACAUUGAAGGCCCGAUGCAGUUUGGGUCCACCUGUGGACAUCCUGUCGUACAGCGAGCGAGAGUGGCAAGGUCACACUGCCAAGAGUGCGCUCAUCAGAAAGGGUUACAAGGAGAUGUCUCAGCGCUUUGUCAGUGUGCGCCAAAUUCGGGGGGACAACUACUGCGCCCUGAGGGCCACCUUGUUCCAGGCGCUCUCCCAGAGUGCUCAGGUGCCGACAUGGCUGCUGGAGGACGACGUCGCCAUGCUGCCACAGGAACUGGCGGCCCAGUCAGGUCUGAUAAGUCAGUGGAGGUUUCCUGGCGAGUGUGUGAUACAGGCAGAUGUCACCAAGCAGCUUCAAAGCUAUGUGGAAAUCCUCCAAAAUAAGUGGCGUGCAGCGGCUGGUUGUUCGUCAGCCGAGGAGCGUCUGCAGCUGUGCGAGGCAAUCUUCCAAGGAUGCGAAGAGGAACUGGCCAUGCUUGAAGCACUCAAGCUGCUGAUGUUGGCUCGCGCCGUGGAGCUGCAUGCUGAUAUGCGGGCUGGCCGAGAUGUGCCGCUCUUCUGCUGGCUGCUGUUCGCACGCGACUCCUCCGACUGCCCGCGCUCCUUCCUCAUCAACCACCUGGGACACGUGGGCCUCGACGCUGGCCUGGAGCAGGUGGAGAUGUUCCUGCUGGGCUACGCCUUGCGGUGCACCAUCCAGGUGUACAGGCUCUAUAUGGUCGACACAGAGGAGUUUGUCACCUACUACCCGGACGACCAUAAGGGCGAGUGGCCCUGCGUGAGCCUCGUCACCGAAGACGACCGCCACUACAACGUGCCCGUCGCGGACGCUGUCCAGACAGCCGAGGAGGCGGAGUCUAGCUGAGACGCUGUCCUGUCACGCAAACCCAAACCUCAGGUCCGUCAAAUGGAAGAAGUGUGUACAUGUUUUUGCCAACAGUGCCACCUUAACGUGUUUGGCCUUCACACUGGAAUCAUGGCACUUUUUUUAAGUUGAGGGUAAUCUCAUUAAUUUAUUCUUAAAGUCUAAUUGAACGACUGCCGAAAGAAGAAUCAGGUGCUCGCCAUAUUUUUUUGCGACAAAGUUGGGUGAAAGUGGACGUGUAACACGUUGCCUUUUUAAAGCCAAGUCAAGCCACUGAGGAGGAACACGUGCCAAUGUUGCCACAAGGGCUGGCCUCAGUCUCGACCACCAGCCGCUGGAUCUCGUUGCCAAGGCCAGCUUGGUCCUCCAUGUUGCCUUAGAAAAAAAAAAUGCACAAGAAUGAA